AUGCGAACUCUUUCUUACGAACUGUUUAUCUCACGAUUUUUUGAUGGGACGAUCGAUUGUUGCAGAAAUAAUAAAGAAACUUGUAAAGUAAUUUGGAAAUUACUGCAACCACUUGAAAUGCAAGAGCCAAGUAAGGAAUCGUGGUUAAAAGUGGCAGAAAACUUCUAUAAAUACGCAAAUUUUCCAAACUGUUUAGGAGCCGUGGAUGUUAAAUAUAUAAGAAUAAUUAACCCUCACAACAGCGGAUCUAACUAUUUUAACUAUAAAAAGUAUUUUUCAAUUGUUCUUAUGGCAGUCGCAGAUUUUAAUUAUUACUUUAUUUCUAUCGAUGUUGGAUCUUUUGGAAAAGAAGCUGAUAAUAAUGUAUUUAGAAGUUCAAAUUUUGGGCAAAAACUUUACCAUGACAUGUUAGACCUACCGGAGGAUAAAAUACUCCCCGGUACUACCGGCCCAGCACUACUGUUUGUACUGGUAGCUGACGAGGCUUUCGCUUUACAUAAACAUGUUAUGCGACCCUACCCCAAUAAAACAUUAGACAUAGAAAAACGUACGUUCAACUACCGCCUAUCUCGUGCAAGGCGGUAUGUGGAAUGUACCUUCGGCAUAUUGACUAACAAGUGGAGAGUUCUUCAUACGACCAUACUUACUGAUCCUUAUUUUGCUACAGAUAUAGUAAAAACAACAUGUGUUCUUCAUAACUUUGUACGGAGACGGGACGGUUUGAAAUACAACGACGAAUUGUUAACUUCUGAUCUACCUACAUUACCAAACUGUAAUACAUCUAGACUUUCUUAUGCCAUAAAUAUGAGAUAUUUAUUUAAAAAAUAUUUUAUGGAAGAAGGUAAACUAGAGUGGCAAGAUAACUUCAUUUAG